CCCCCCUUCCCCUUUCUUCUCCCCCUCCCCCAAUCUUCCAUCCCUUGUGCUUCAUAUCCUCAGAAGCUCUCCUCUUUUGUUUUCGUUUUAACAUUUAAAUCCCAAUUAAAGAUCAUCGAGGAGAACCGCAAUUCUGGGUGGGAGAGAAUAGGGGAGAGAGAAGGAGAGAGACAGAGAUCUCUUCAAGGGGAUAAAAUCCCACCAAUACUCUCUCUUUCUCUCUCAAAAAUGGCUCAAAUAAUGAAGGGAAACAAGAAGAACAGGAGACUCUCUAUAAAUCUUUCCCUUUUUGCCCUCACUGACCAGAAUAAUUCACAAAAAUCUGCCACUUUUAGAUCUCCCAAGCACUUCGAGGAGCCAAACGGCGUCGUUGGGCUUGGUAUCGUUCCCCUCCUUAAGAGCUCCGGCACAAGCAGGGCCGUGAUUCUUGCCAUCUCGCCCAGAUCACCAACCCCACACUCAAUACCCAUUAAUAUUUUCAAGAAUAAUGAUAUGAAUAAGAAGAAGGAAAAUAAUACGGCAACGCCCAGUGUGGAGGAUAUGGAAAUGUGUGAGGAGUACACUUGUGUGAUUUCUCAUAUGGGUAGCAAUCAAAUCAAGAAAAUUGAGUACUUUAAUGGCGAAUUCUUGGGUAAUACCUGUACUAGUACCACUCGUGCUAAUACCGAUUCAGGGAUGCGUGAAACGGCGGCGUUUAAGGCUGCUGAUUUUCUUAGCUCUUGCUUUCUUUGCAAGAAGCUGCUUCAUGGAUUGGACAUUUUCAUGUACAGAGGAGAAACGGCGUUUUGCAGCGUAGAGUGCCGGUGCAAGCAGAUCUCCAUGGAUGAACACAAAGAAAGCUGUGGUCGUCCCGGGGCAAUGAAAACGCACGAGCACGAGUACUCUGCCUCCCCGAUGAAGUUUCUGGCGGGUGUUGCCGUGGCAUAAGCAGCCUCACGGCUCCCGGAAUUACAUACAUACAUAAAUAAACAAAGUAGUAGUAUAUAUAGGUUAAGAGGGUGCGAAGCGAAAGGUGACCGGCCGGACGGAAUAAAAGAUUUGGUAGCGCCGGCGUGUUUUCAGGCAAGUUGAAGAGAUGAAUCUCUGCAUAGCACAUGUGAUUUGUGUAGAGAGGAAGCAAGCUUGCCUGAAUUCAAUUCGAUUCGAAGAGGGGGACAAACUUUUGAGUCUAUUCUAUUCAACUCUAUAUAUCAAAUCAUCAUUAAUAUAACACCAUUAAAUUUCCACUUA